UCAACACUUUGCAAAGCCUGUUGACACCCUCAGAGGGAUUCCCAAGUGCACUCUGUGUUUGGGGUUAUUAUUUUGAGGGUGUUCAACCUUUCCUCAGAUGUCACUGAACUCUGCUUAGGCUGGCCUUCAGGGCAUUGACCCUUAAGCAAAUAGAUAGUGUUCUCGAAAAAGCUUGAAUUCUGUUCAGUGCUUUACAAUGAUGAAAACUGAAGUUGGAAUGGGUUAGAAAACUUUUUGACUCUCCACAGUGGAGUCCAUUGUUUCUUCUGGCUUCUUCAAUUUCAUGUUCACAGUCUAGGCAAGAUCAACGUGUUUCAAAAAUAUCAUUUGGAAGAAAAUGAACCGGAAUGCAGAACAGAUCUCCACAGAGGAAAUUCAAAGCCGAGAACACUGGUAGAGUUGAGAAGCUGUGUCCUAAAGUGACAAGAGCCUGGGCACCGUUGGCCUGGCUGUCUUGCAUCAUACAGCCUGUUUCCUUUGGUCACCUGAGGCCUGUCUGCCCAGGAGUGAAAUGAACUGCAUAUGCCCCUGACCUUGAGUUGUUGGCUGUGGACUGCAAUUACCAUGCCUGACUCAGUAAUUCUUCGCAGCGUGAAGAAAUCUGGAGAGGACAAUCAUGGUUUUGAGUCAGAUAGAUCAUAUGACAACGAUAAGAAAUCAAAGUUAGAAGAUAAGAAGAAGAAAGGUGGCAGCAGUCAAGUUGGCUUCUUUCAAUUGUUUCGAUUUUCUUCAAAGACUGACAUUUGGCUGAUGUCUGUGGGAAGUUUAUGUGCAUUUCUCCAUGGAGUAGCCUAUCCAGGCGUGCUACUGAUUUUUGGCACAAUGACAGAUGUUUCUAUUGAGUAUGACAUGGAAUUACAAGAACUCAAGAUCCCUGGAAAAGCAUGUGUGAAUAACACGAUAGUAUGGACCAACAGCUCCCUCUACCAGAAUGUGACAAAUGGAACGCGCUGUGGGUUUCUGGACAUUGAAAGUGAAAUGGUCAAGUUUGCCAGUUACUAUGCUGGCAUCGCUGUCGCGGUACUUGUCACAGGAUAUAUUCAAAUAUGCUUUUGGGUAAUUGCUGCAGCUCGCCAGAUACAGAAAAUAAGAAAACUGUACUUUAGGAGAAUAAUGAGAAUGGAAAUAGGAUGGUUCGACUGCAAUUCAGUGGGAGAGCUGAAUACAAGAUUUUCUGAUGAUAUUAACAAAAUCAAUGAUGCCAUUGCCGACCAAAUGGCCAUUUUCAUUCAGCGCAUGACCACCAGCGUCUGUGGGUUCCUGCUGGGAUUUUACCGGGGUUGGAAACUGACCUUGGUUAUUAUCUCUGUCAGCCCUCUCAUUGGGAUUGGAGCAGCCGUCAUUGGUCUGAGUGUGUCCAAGUUUACAGACCGUGAAUUGAGGGCCUAUGCCAAAGCAGGGGCAGUGGCUGAUGAAGUCAUCUCAUCUAUUCCAACAGUGGCUGCUUAUGGUGGUGAGAAAAAAGAGGUUGAAAGGUAUGAGAAAAAUCUUGUGUUUGCCCAGCGUUGGGGAAUUAGAAAAGGGAUAGUGAUGGGAUUCUUUACUGGAUUCAUGUGGUGUCUCAUCUUCUUGUGUUACGCUCUGGCCUUCUGGUACGGUUCCAGACUCGUCCUGGAUGAUGGAGAAUAUACAGCAGGAACCCUUGUCCAGAUUUUCCUCAGUGUCAUAGUAGGAGCUUUAAAUCUUGGCAACGCCUCUUCCUGUUUGGAAGCCUUUGCAGCUGGCCGUGCGGCAGCCACCAGCAUUUUUGAGACAAUGGACCGGAAACCCCUCAUUGACUGCAUGUCAGAAGAUGGUUACAAGUUGGAUCGAAUUAAGGGUGAAAUUGAAUUCCAUAAUGUGACCUUCCACUAUCCUUCCAGACCAGAGGUGAAGAUUUUAAAUAACUUAAGCAUGGUCAUUAAAUCAGGGGAAAUGACAGCUAUGGUAGGAUCCAGUGGAGCUGGGAAAAGCACGGCACUGCAGCUCAUUCAGCGAUUCUAUGACCCCAGUGAAGGCAUGGUGACCUUGGAUGGCCAUGACAUUCGCUCUCUUAACAUUCAGUGGCUUAGAGCUCAGAUCGGGAUAGUGGAGCAAGAGCCUGUUUUGUUUUCCACCACCAUUGCAGAGAAUAUUCGCUAUGGCAGAGAAGAUGCAACGAUGGAAGAUAUAGUCCGAGCUGCCAAGGAAGCCAAUGCCUACAGCUUCAUCAUGGACCUGCCACAGCAAUUUGACACUCUUGUUGGAGAAGGAGGAGGCCAGAUGAGUGGCGGCCAGAAACAAAGACUAGCCAUUGCUAGAGCCCUUGUCCGAAACCCGAAGAUCCUACUUUUGGACAUGGCCACCUCGGCACUGGACAAUGAGAGUGAAGCCGUGGUGCAAGAGGCACUGAGUAAGGUUCAGCAUGGGCUCACAAUCAUUUCUGUCGCUCAUCGCCUAUCCACGGUUAGAGCUGCAGACGUCAUUAUUGGUUUUGAACGUGGUACAGCAGUGGAAAGAGGCACCCAUGAAGAACUGUUGGAAAGGAAAGGAGUUUACUUCACUCUAAUGACUUUGCAAAGUCAAGGAGAUCAAGCCUUUAAUGAAAAAGACAUAAAGGGAAAAGAUGAAACUGAAGAUACCUUACUUGAGAGAAAACAGACCUUUAGCAGAGGGAGCUACCAAGCUAGCUUAAGAGCUUCCAUCCGGCAACGGUCCAAGUCUCAGCUUUCUUACCUGGGACCUGAACCACGAUUAGCACUUGUAGAUCAUAAGUCUACUUAUGAAGAGGACAGAAAGGACAAGAACAUUCCUGUGGAAGAAGAAAUUGAACCUGCCCCAGUUAGGAGGAUUCUGAAAGUUAACGCUCCAGAAUGGCCCUACAUGCUGGUAGGGGCUAUGGGCGCAGCUGUCAAUGGGACAGUCACACCCUUCUAUGCCUUCUUCUUCAGCCAGAUUCUUGGGAUUUUUUCAAUUCCUGAUAAAGAAGAACAAAGGUCACAGAUCCAUGGUGUGUGCCUGCUUUUUGUAGCAAUAGGCUGUGUAUCUUUUUGCACUCAAUUUCUGCAGGGAUAUGCUUUUGCUAAAUCCGGGGAACUCCUCACAAAAAGGCUACGUAAAUUGGGUUUCAGAGCAAUGUUAGGGCAAGACAUUGGCUGGUUUGAUGACCUCAGAAAUAGCCCUGGAGCACUGACAACAAGGCUUGCUACAGAUGCUUCUCAAGUUCAAGGGGCUGCCGGCUCUCAGAUUGGGAUGAUGGUCAAUUCCUUCACUAACAUCACCGUGGCCAUGAUCAUCGCCUUCUUCUUUAGCUGGAAGCUAAGCCUGGUCAUAGUGUGCUUCUUCCCCUUCCUGGCUUUAUCGGGAGCCAUACAGACCAAAAUGUUGAUGGGAUUUGCCACUCAUGACAAGCAGGCUCUGGAGGUCGCAGGACAGAUUACAAAUGAAGCCCUCAGUAAUAUUCGCACUGUGGCUGGGAUUGGAAAGGAGAGGCAGUUUAUAGAAGUGUUUGAGACUGAACUGGAGAAGCCAUACAAGACAGCCAUCCGAAAAGCAAAUGUUUACGGAUUCUGCUUUGGUUUUUCCCAGUGCAUUGUGUUCGUUGCUAAUUCUGCUUCCUACAGAUAUGGAGGUUACUUAAUUCCCAGUGAGGGGCUCCAUUUCAGCUAUGUGUUCAGGGUGAUCUCUUCAGUUGUACUGAGUGCGACAGCUCUUGGGAGAGCCUUCUCUUAUACCCCAAGUUAUGCCAAAGCUAAAAUCUCAGCCGCACGCUUUUUCCAACUGCUGGACCGACAACCCACAAUCAAGGUGUAUAGUAGUGCGGGUGAAAGAUGGGACAACUUCCAGGGGCAGAUUGACUUUGUUGACUGUAAAUUUACAUAUCCUUCCCGACCUGAUAUACAAGUUCUGAAUGGUCUCUCAGUGUCUGUUGGUCCAGGGCAAACCCUGGCAUUUGUUGGAAGCAGUGGAUGUGGUAAAAGCACCAGUAUUCAGCUGUUGGAACGUUUCUAUGACCCUGACCAAGGGAAGGUGAUGAUAGAUGGGCAUGACAGCAAAAAUGUAAACGUCCAGUUUCUCCGCUCGAAGAUUGGAAUCGUUUCCCAGGAACCAGUGUUGUUUGCCUGUAGCAUAGUGGACAAUAUCAAGUAUGGAGACAACACCAAAGAAAUCCCCACGGAAAAAGUCAUAGAAGCCGCAAAGCAGGCUCAGCUGCAUGACUUUGUCAUGUCCCUUCCAGAGAAAUAUGAAACUAAUGUUGGGUCCCAGGGGUCUCAACUCUCUCGAGGGGAGAAACAACGCAUUGCUAUUGCUCGGGCCAUCAUACGAGAUCCUAAAAUCUUGCUACUAGAUGAAGCUACUUCUGCCUUGGACACAGAAAGUGAAAAGACGGUGCAGGUCGCCUUGGACAAAGCCAGAGAAGGUCGGACCUGCAUUGUCAUUGCCCAUCGUUUGUCCACCAUCCGGAACUCGGAUAUCAUUGCUGUCAUGUCACAGGGGAUAGUGAUUGAAAAGGGGACCCAUGAAGAACUGAUGGCCCAGAAAGGAGCCUACUACAAACUAGUCACCACAGGAGCCCCCAUCAGUUGACCUGACUUGAGAACUUCAUGCGCAGUUGGUGCACCAAUUACAGAAGUGCUGUGGGUUUUUUUUUUGUUUU